AUGUCAUUGUGUCAAAUUAAUAUUCAAGAUCGCGAUUCUUGUCGCGUUGUUGUGGUGCAGUGAAAAUCGUAUAAUUUUAAAUAGGCUAUUGUAGUUUUGUGCUGCAGCCCUUUGUUCGAAGCCUGCUCUUACCAACCACCUAAAGAUGCAGAGUAUGAUCAACACUGUGAAGGGGACAGCGCUGGGUGUCGCCGGGUAUUUGACGCCGGUUUUGAAGGAAUCGAAGUUCCAAGAGACAGGAGUACUAACUCCUGAAGAGUUUGUGGCUGCGGGAGACCACCUUGUCCAUCACUGUCCCACAUGGCAGUGGGCCAAAGGAGAGGAGGCCAAGAUAAGGCCAUACCUGCCAGCUGACAGGCAGUUCCUAAUCACUAGAAAUGUACCUUGUUACAGGAGGUGCAAACAGAUAGAGUACUGUGAGGACAAAGAGAAAGUGAUAGAGGAUGAGCAUGACGAAGACGGUGGCUGGGUUGACACACACCACUAUGAUAAUGCAGGAUCACCUACUGUGGAAGAUAAGGUUUGUGAAAUGACGCUGGAGGCAGCUGACACUGGGGACAGUGACGGUGAAGGCGCGGCUGGCGACCACGACGACGAUGAUGAUGAUGAUGAGGAUGAAGACGGCGAGGCCGAGGACAUGGAGCAGUUCCAGGAGUCCGGCUUGCUGGAUGAGGUGGAUCCGUCAACAGACCUAGCGCAACGCAAGGAGCCGAAGCCAGCCAAAGAGAAGAAGUCGAAGUCUUCGGAGGGUGACGAGAUCAUCCGCACGCGCACCUACGACCUGCACAUCACAUACGACAAGUACUACCAGACGCCGCGACUCUGGCUCAUCGGAUACGAUGAGGAUCGAACACUGCUGAGCGUGGAGCAGAUGUAUGAGGACGUGUCGCAGGACCACGCCAAGAAGACCGUCACCAUGGAGUCGCACCCGCACCUGUCCGGGCCCAGCAUGGCCUCCGUGCAUCCCUGCAGACACGCGGAAGUAAUGAAAAAGAUAAUAGAGACAGUGACAGAGAGCGGCGGCGAGAUGGGCGUGCACUCGUACCUCAUCGUGUUCCUGAAGUUCGUGCAGACCGUCAUACCCACCAUCGAGUACGACUUCACGCAGAACUUCGCCAUGAACUAAACAAGCUUCUAUAUCUGUAGUAUAUAUAAUUCUGUCUUUCUAUUAAAUCGAAAUGAGGAUAUGGAAACGGAGAAAUAUUUACCAAAAGGUUGCAUUAAUUUAGAAAAGCCGGAUUCUUACUAGAACGCGACAAGAGUAUGGUAUUGCUUUAUACAAUCCUAUUGGUCAAUAUUCCUUAGUCUUUCUCGCUCUGCAAUCUUGUUCCGCUUCAAUAUGAAGACAGCAUAAACAUAGCUUUUUAUAAGGCAACGCGGGGGGCAUAACAUGGAGACUGGAUUUUAAAUAAAGGGUUCAAAAAUGAUUUGAAUGAUUGAAACAAUACAGUUCCUUAUUAUCUGUGGAUGCUUCUUACGUAUUUAAUGGCAACUUAACCCUAUAGAUUUUGUAGGACAUCUGAAGUGUUUGAAGGAACAUUAAGCGACACUGAUAAGAGUGUCGAUCAAUAUGAUACUGGAUUCCAUUUUGGAUCAUAUAUUUGUAAGUUCUGUUGUAAUUUGAUUCCCCGCCGCGUCUAUUUAUUAUAUUGUAUAUUAUCGUAGUAUAGGCCAGUCAAUGUUUAUUCGAUGUUUUGCGAUUUAGAUAAUUAUAUAAAAUUUAUAAAUAAAACGUUUUAAAUAAAAUUAAUUAUAAAUACAUGAAAAUCUGAGCCAGUGCAAUAUCAAUAGAUAUUUUAUCGAUAGCUUUAACUCAGCAUUUCUUUAACGAUUAUUUUAAGUUAAUUUUGUUUAUAAUAUACAUUUUGCCAUGAGUCUAACAAUCAAACAUGUAGAUUUAUUCGAGUAAAUUUUAAUUAGUUAAAACAAAUUGUUCUGAAAGAUUUUAAUAAAAAUAUUGCCAUAUAAACUGCAGCAAUCUAUGUCCAGGUCUCCAAGUAUUUUAAGUUAGUACUACUAACUGUGUUAAGUACUAAAUACUAGUACACUUUACACACAGUUAAGUUGAAUAGCUUUAUGAGCCGCAUGAUGCAGUUGAUAUUCUUAUUACAAUAGUAUCUAAGAAUUAGAGUUGUCUACAAUUUCAAUAACUUUAAUACCGUUAACAAUAAAUAAUUUUAUUUAAUAAAUGGGAAGCUUUUUAACUGUUUGGGAUAAUGGAGUGACUUUAUAAAAUAAUAAUUUUAUAGUUCCUUUUGUUUACAUAACUGGCACAAAUUAAACAGUUAGUACAAACACCCAAUACAAUGACUUGUGUUGGGAACAUUCCUAUUAUGCCAUGUUUAUGUAACGAUAUUUAAUAUGGAGUUUUAUUUGUUUUGCCAACCACACUCAUUUGUUAAUAUUCAUUUCGUGAUUCAUCUUGCCGUAUCUUUACAGUCGGGUACAAAUGGGUACGCCAAGGACGUAAAAUUAACGCCCGUUAAAGAUUUCCUGAGUUUUUACUUGUUUUAAAACUUUUAUAAAACCUCAUUUUAUUUAGUCUUUUAUUUGGGGAGCGCUAGUAUCAUUAACAAAAGAUUUACUUCGGUAUUAUCAGAAAUCAAUGAAAUAACUCAAUACAUAACAAUUAUUACAAAUCAUCUAGGCAUAUUCUUUUGUAACCGACUGCAACUAUAGUUAAUAAUUUUCCACCGCAAAGGCUUAACACUAAUUACGAAGGUACGGUUGUCUCGCCAAUAUUGCCCCAAUGUAGGUAUAGAAAGAGAACAGUUAAAACACGCGCGUGUUAGCAUAGUGAGCAAUGUACACUCUGUCGCCAUCGCACUCGGCUGAAUGGAAUCAUACUGUCCUUUUCUACCAGUUUUAAAAAGGUUGAGAAUUGUUCAUUAGUGAAUUCGUUAAUAAACUUGUUGUUUUGUGGCUGACAGUUAAAGUUUAGGUGAAAUUUGUUAACAUGACAUAAUUAUAGAAUUUAUCUUGAUUUAAAUAAAAUAAUAAGUUAAGUUUAUUAAAUAAAAAACAGUUUUUUCUUACCUGAUUUGUCAAGGAGCGGUAUGCUACAUUUCUUGUGGCUAAGAUAUAUAUUAAUACGGUAAAAUCAUUUGUUCAAUCACUUAAAGAAGUCCUGAAUAAUGAUAGGAUACCGUUUUUUGUCAAAUUAUUACAUCUUAACAACGAUUUUACAAAAUAAAUGAAGCCACAUAACUUACGACAAACUUUGUUCAAUAUAAUCAAGUUAACUAAGACUUAUAUAAUUGGUGUUGUUUGUGUACUGAUAGUGUUGAAUACUCUUAUGUUAUACAUCUAUGUGCACAGUUUGGUUUAUUUUUAAUAUAAAUGUUAUUUUGCAUACA